AUGGUGGCUCCGCUCCUGCUCACCGCCCUCACGAGUCACUUCCGGGUCAGGACCGACAGGAACCGGAACCAUCCCCCCCCCGGGGAGCGGCCCAAUGGGCCCGCCCACAGGAGGGGCGUGGCCAAGCGGGACGCAACGGACCCUGCCCAAGUCUGCGGGAAGCGCUACAAGAACCGCCCGGGGCUCAGCUACCACUACACACACACGCACCUGGCCGAGGAGGAGGGCGAGGAGCUGGGAGAGCGCCCGGCGCCCCGCAGGAACCACCAUAAGCAGUUUUACAAAGAGUUGAACUGGGUCCCUGAAAACCAGCGCCGGAGCACAGCAGGCGCUCCCCCCCCCGCGCCCCCACCUUCGGGCGCUCCCUGUGGCUUCUGCCUGGGGGGGUCCCGCCGGGCCCCGGCGUGUCCCGAGGAGCUGAUCGCGUGUGCGGACUGCGGCAGGGCAGGGCACCCAUCCUGCCUGCAGUUCACGGUGAGCAUGGCGGCCGCGGUGCGCACCUACCGCUGGCAGUGCAUCGAGUGCAAGUCCUGCAGCCUCUGCGGCACCGCCGAGAACGACGACCAGCUCCUGUUCUGUGAUGACUGCGACCGGGGGUACCACAUGUACUGCCUGAGCCCCCCCAUGGCCGAGCCCCCCGAAGGCAGCUGGAGCUGCCACCUCUGCCUGCGGCAGCUCAAGGACAAGGCCUCAGCCUUCAUCACCCUCACUUAG